UUCUUUUUAAAUUUUAAAAUAAAUUUCACUUCAUAGUUAGGUAUUUGUGAGGUGAAAUACAUCCCAAAACUAUUACUAUUACAACUAAUAUUAAUAAUUAAAAACUCAGUAAAGAUUGACAAAAUAUGACGAAGCUCAAGGACUAUAAAUAUUUUUGUUACGUGCUGCAAAUGUUAGCAUCUGGAUUAAGAUAAUGAAAAAUGGGUCAAAUUCCACUUUUUAUUUUUCCACCUCAGUGGGAAAAAGAGCUGUGGAGCCGUGGAGAUGGAAGGUUUGUAAGAAGCUUUUCUGGUUCAAUCCCUAACUAUAACUGUCACAAACAAUUAGUCAAUCAACUGUAGCUGAUGGUAGGAAAAAAAAAACACUUGUUGCAUUUUAAUUUACUGGAAUGCAAAUGACUAAAAUCAUGCUAAAAAAUAAAAGAAAAGAGGAAUUAGGGCAAAAUGAAUCUUCUAUAUCAAAUUUUUCUAUGGCAACGAUUGUUCAGUUGUUUGCAGAUUGUUUUUGUGUUUUUUUAAAUAUUGGGUAGAUCUUUAAGACUCAAAUAAUUGCUAUGUUCAGUUUUAUUGGCAUUUUAGUUUUUUAAUGUGUGCACACAUGCAGACACCAGUUUUCUCUUUACUUCAUUUUGGAGGUGAGACCUAAGUAGGACUUGACAUUCACACAUUUUCAGAAUUCUGGUCCUUCAAGGGGAAAGUGUUACAGCGUAAUCUCGGCCCAUCCUUCUUCAUCAGUGCUGCCUCCUUACUCCACCCUACACACCUAUCUCACUCCACCCCAUCCUGCUUUAAUGCUCCCAAUCCUCUUUGUGGGAGAGUGACGUCUGCUACAGUCAGAAACAGAGUUAAGCUCAGCAGCCACCAGGGUGACGGAGUGGAGAGAAGCUCCCAGGCUUGAGGGAAAACAAACACGGCUGGGACCAACUCAACUUCUCAACCUGGGAGUGUGCUGACGAUUCUGAACCUACCAUCCCUUGAUAAGGAAAAAGACUCUUCUUCCUGCUAGAGGGUUUGGUUUCUUACAGGAUGAAGUGUUUUCCAACUGGAAUAUGAACACUCCUGAUAACUGACAACAUUUUUCAAGGUGUAUUUUACUGGUGCUGCAUACUUAAGCUGCAGGUAUAUCUGUGCAAAACUGACAAUUUUAUAAUUUGGUUAAGCUGCUGCUCAGAGGGCAAACUAACUGGCAACAAGUACAAGCUUCCUGGUGUGAGCAUGCAAUCAACUGAACAACACAUGGAGUGUCUCUUGAGGUCUGCCAAUGUUUACCUGGAGUGCAAAGUGUGAUUCCAAUUGUAUGCAAAAAAACUGAAGAGGAGCGUGCGUGUGGAGGUCACAGAGCUGGAUUUCCUGGAGAUGGAAGGUCAUGGAUAUGACCGCUUUGGAGAAAGUGACAGGGACAAUUACCAGAUUGAUUACAGAAGAAUUGUAGGAGACAUGGAACCAGCACGGCCUCGCGUCUCAAACAGAGAUGGGGAGCAGUCUCAACACUCCUUUUUGACUCAUGCCUACCCGCCGUCAUAUGGACAUGGACAUGAGACUGCAGCCCAGAGGUACAGCGCCACACGAAUCCAGGCUGGAUAUGAGCCAGAAAGCAUGGCGGACUACUUGAUCAGUGGAGGAACAGGUUAUGUUCCAGAAGAUGGACUCACAGCACAACAGCUGUUUGCUAUUGGAGAUGGGCUGACAUACAAUGAUUUCCUUAUCCUCCCUGGUUUCAUAGAUUUCACGUCUGAUGAGGUGGACCUGACGUCUGCACUGACAAGAAAGAUAACUCUGAAGACUCCACUCAUUUCAUCACCCAUGGAUACAGUCACAGAGUCGUCCAUGGCUAUCACCAUGGCACUGAUGGGAGGGAUUGGAAUAAUCCAUCACAACUGCACUGCUGAAUUCCAGGCCAAUGAGGUGCGAAGAGUCAAGAAAUUUGAGCAAGGUUUCAUCACAGACCCAGUGGUAAUGAGCCCACAUCACACAGUGGGUGACGUGUUUGAAGCUAAGACACGCCAUGGUUUCUCUGGGAUCCCAGUGACAGAAACAGGCAAGAUGGGCAGUAAGCUGGUUGGCAUUGUGACCUCCAGGGAUAUUGACUUUUUGUCCGAGAAGGAUUAUGAGAAACUUCUGGAAGAGGUGGGUCUCGAGUUGUUUGAACUGGGAACAAAUUUGUCUUAUGAACAUAUCAUGCUACACCCAUUAUUCUGUCAUUUGAAAAAGUGUAUUAACAUCAAUCAGUCUAUACAGUUGCAAUAUUUUCUAAUACAGGCCAUGACAAAAAGGGAAGACCUAGUUGUUGCGCCAGCUGGAGUCACGCUAAAAGAAGCUAACGACAUACUGCAGCGAAGCAAGAAAGGAAAGCUCCCCAUUGUGAAUGACAGCGACGAGCUUGUUUCCAUCAUAGCAAGAACUGACCUGAAGAAAAACAGAGAUUAUCCUCUGGCUUCCAAGGACUCACGCAAACAGCUGCUGUGUGGGGCUGCCAUUGGUACCAGGGAGGACGACAAAUACCGACUGGACCUCCUCAUGCAGGCUGGAGUGGAUGUGGUGGUUCUGGACUCGUCUCAAGGAAACUCAGUUUAUCAGAUCAACAUGAUAAACUACAUUAAACAGAAGUAUCCCGAUCUACAAGUGAUUGGAGGAAAUGUGGUGACAGCUGCACAGGCUAAAAACCUCAUAGAUGCUGGCGUAGAUGCGUUGAGGGUUGGGAUGGGCUGUGGUUCUAUCUGUAUUACCCAGGAGGUGAUGGCAUGUGGACGACCUCAAGGAACAUCUGUUUAUAAAGUUGCAGAAUAUGCCAGACGUUUCGGAGUACCAGUAAUCGCAGAUGGAGGCAUUCAGACAGUGGGGCAUGUGGUGAAAGCUCUUGCUCUGGGAGCGUCGACAGUGAUGAUGGGGUCUUUGCUCGCUGCAACCACUGAGGCUCCUGGAGAAUAUUUCUUUUCAGAUGGUGUGCGUCUGAAGAAAUACAGAGGAAUGGGCUCCUUGGAUGCAAUGGAGAAGAAUAACAGUCAAAAGCGUUACUUUAGUGAGGGAGAUAAGGUGAAAGUAGCUCAAGGGGUCUCAGGAUCAGUUCAAGAUAAAGGUUCUGUCCAAAAGUUUGUUCCUUACCUCAUUGCUGGGAUACAACAUGGCUGCCAGGACAUUGGAGCCAGAAGUUUGUCGAUUUUAAGGUCAAUGAUGUAUUCAGGAGAGUUGAAGUUUGAGAAGAGAACCAUGUCUGCUCAGAUGGAGGGGGGAGUUCAUGGGCUCCACUCAUAUUCUUUUUUGCCAUUUACAAGAAGUGGCUUCAGUGAGGCAGGAGGGCGAGGAAGCAUGCGAUCGGGACCAAAUGUCCCGACCCCAGCUGCAAUGAGCCGAUGCAAUGGACUCAUGUGAAUAGAGAGUUGACAAUAAGAUGAUAGAGUAUAUUUGCAAAUGUCUCUCUUUGCGUUAAAUCAGGAUAAACAGCAAGAUUGUGGACAACAAAAAGUCAAACUACAGGACACAUUGAUCAUUUGAUGAACUCUUCUUUUUUUUCUGUUUUUGCAACGGUAGAGGGUUGAAAAAGUUGUAAAGAAGACAUAUUUUAAUCAACAGGCACAUUUUAAAUUUGAAAUACAAGAGGAUCUUUUCAUUUGAAUUGAAUCUGAUAGAAAUCUGUGUAUAUAUUUGUAGAAAAAUACCAAAGCAUUUUAUUUCACAUUGUUCAAAUUUAUCCCUUCAUAAGAAAGUGUUUUCAAGAUUCAAUAAUUAGUAGUUUCCUUUUCAUGUCAUUCCUGAUUUUCUUGAUUUGUAUCUACCUUACAUUGUUGACCAAAAUCUAUCUUCUUCAAGUGUUUAUUGUUAUCAUGACAAUGCUUGGUAUUUUGUCUGUUUACAUCCACCAUUAAAAAAGAAAAUACC